AUGGAUUUUGAGGGGAAAGCGCGAAUUCGAUGUAAUUACACGGCUCUAGUCAACGAUGUGGAUGCCGACAGAGUUAAAGAUUUCUUGUAUGAAAAUGGAACAAUCGAGCAUGAUGAACAUCAGAGAAUAGGAAUAGAAAAAAUAACGGAUAAUGCGAAGGUCCAAAUACUUUUGGAUAUUCUUGAUACAAAGAUAAAUGGAUAUGAGCAACUUCUUCUGGUCUUGAAAAACGAUAACCGGGACGACUUAGUUGACUUACUCCAAGGAACCAAUGUGGAUAUGGCAAAGGUUGAAGAAGAGAGAUCGAAAGAGCAAAAUGCUCUGAUUCAAGUUAUUAAGUGCAACUUCGAAGAAAAGAUGGAUGAAACAAUAGAUGCAGAUGUUUUAGAACAUAUAAUCAGAUUGGAAUAUUUGAGGGAAAGAAAAAAAGUAUUUCCUGGUGAGAUAAAUAAGAUUGAGAAAUGUUUGAAAGAAGUAUUUCCAGUCAUAGAAAUAAGAAAAGGAAGAAGCAAGAAAGCGUCUAUGGCACAACCAAAAAAAUUGUACCAGCACAUUCACCAGAAAUGUACACAGAUAGAACUCAACUCGGAAAGUAAAUCAGCAGGAAGCCGAGAGAUGAAAGAUGCAUCUAAAGGGGAAGUUCUUUUGAAGGAUAUUUCAGUUGCAAAUUUAGGAGCAGCUUUGCAGCCUCUGUUUUUGGAGAAAGAGUUGGAUGAAUCAGUUUUAGAGAUGCUUAAAGAAGAAAAAAUAAGUGGACGUCUGUUUGCUGAAUUCACUCUAGAUGACAUCAAAGAAGUCUGUCCAGAUAUGCCGUAUGGGUAUAAAAAAACUUUGCUACAAACAAAAGAUGCAAUUCUAGAUAAAGAAAAAUCAGAGGGGCCCUUUUUACUUGUUGGAAAUUUGGAAAACCAACAGUUGGAACCUGGCGCUAAUAAUUUAGACGAAGAGACAGAUCCUCCAUGGCAAAGAUUAAGAGCUUUAGAUACCUUGACAAAUCCUGCACAAACAUAUCAUAAAAAUGCCGUUGUGAGAUCAGCAAAUUUGUAUAGACAUAAUCUUAUAGAACCCAUUCAAAAUUUCGUAUAUUUUGGUGAUGGUUCUGAACAAUCGCUUAUAAAAUGCAUACAAAAGUUCCUAUGCAAUUUCACUGCGGCUUGUCUGACAGAGCGAACAAAUGGAAUUAUUUAUUUUGGAAUAGAAGAAAAGAUAGAUAGAUAUGGAGAAAAAUGCGGAAUAAUAAAAGGGUUCAAAGCAAGGCCAUCAAAAAUUACUCAGAUAGUAUAUGAAACCUUACAGACAUCAUUUUUUGCCGAUCAGCUUCAUUUAAUUUUGAGAUGUAUCAGGCCACCACAAUUUAUUAAAAUCACAGAAAACCCCGAUGCCUUUCCAACCUAUGUAGUAGAAAUUGAUGUCCUGCCUAGUUUUGAACUAACAAAAUAUAGAACAUUUUACCAACGGGAAAAAAUCAGUGGAAAUGUCCUCAGUGUUUACACUUUCAAAGAAGGGCGACCAAGCAGGAUGAAUGACGAGGAACUUAAACAUUACAAUGAAACCAAAUCAGAUAUUUGUGAUAAUCGAGAAAAAAUGGAAAAAUCUCGGAAUAAUUUGCAGACUUGUGCAAACCUGCGUCAACAUUUUCUGGACUUGUACUCUGCUGGUAGCGGAAAUAAGCUUGUCAACGAGAUAUAUCCAGUUUUGAUUUUAAGUCCACUGGACCCUUCCGUUAAAGAGAAAUUAGAGCCAGAAAAAUUUGAAUUUUUGAUUGAUAUAGAUCCAUGUGUUAUUUUUGAUUUUCAUCCCACUGUUGAGGGAGAAGGGUUGUUUAAUGCUGUGGAUAAGAUUCCAUAUUAUAUUGUAAAACCAUACAUUAUCGAAGAUUUUGACAGGAAGAAAGAGGACAAUAUUAUAGCAGAAGUUGAAAACAAUCGCCAAGCUCUUCCAGGCUGGGUAUUUUGUAACGGAUAUGAGCCACUUGAUAUGAAAACGUACAAGAAAUUGGAUUGGAAAACAAAGCGCAGCGAGUCUUUUAAAGAAGCAAUAAGAAUUUAUCAAGAUUGUAUUCCUCCUGGAAGAGCAUUUGUGAUAUUUGCAAUCUUUUCAACAAAUUAUGACAUAAUGUUAGAAAUUGCGGAAGAAGUCAUCUUAAAAUUUCAAAAUCAGUGGAUAGUUUUGGCAGAGGAUGCUAGUCUUCUCGAUAAAUGGAAAUAUGAGCUGAUACGAAGAUCUAGUGUUGAUUCUGACACAUUCCGCAAAAGAUGUGUAGCUGGAAUUCCUUGGCAAUACUUAACUCAAAUUGUCAAAGAAGUCAAAAACAUUCAAAGAAGUUCAGAAUGCCAACUUUCAAACUCCUGUGGUGGAUCUUGCCAUUUAAAGAGCAAACUUCGCAGUGAACUGUGUGAUCUAGAUAUUCUUAGUAAAAAAGAGUGCGAAGAAUCAGAGAUAACCAAGGACACAAAAAAGUUAGAGGAGCAAAGUCGAAAAGCAGAAGAAGAAUUUUAUCGAGGCACAAGAGUUUCCUGGUGGAAUAUGUAUUUUAAGGACCAUGCUUUAAAACGUUCACAGCACGGCCAAAUUGCAGAAAGAUUGCACAAUUUAUUGAUGGGUAAAUUUAAUGAGGAUGACUCCAAAGUGGUCGUAUUUAAACUAUAUCAUCAACCAGGUUGUGGCGGAACAACAAUUGCAAUGCAGAUUUUAUGGUCUUUGAAAAAAAUUUACAGAUGCUGCAUUGUACGUAGACUUACAGAUCAGACGCAUAAUCAGAUACAAGUGCUUCGAGCAUAUGAAGACAAAAACCCUAUGCCCCCUGUGGUUCUGAUCGACAACGAAGAUGAAUUGAGGAUAACAAGUCUUCGUUUCAAGUUAGAACAGGAAGCUAAAGUAGCAAGUAGACACAGUGAGUCAAAACUGCAGGUUUACUGUUUACUUUUUCGUUGCAUAAGACGUGUACAUCUACCAAAUUCUAUAGACAUAAAUUCAUUUAUUUUGACUCAAAGUUUGGAAACUGAUGAAUUGGAAUGGUUUAGACGAAAACACGAACUAUUAUGUCAAAAACACAACGAAAAUCCAAAACGAGAUGUUAAUCCAAAGUAUCUGAUAUCUUUCAAUCUCCUUAAGGAGAAUUUCGAUGCAGAUUACAUCCAAAGAAAUGCAGCUCUUUAUGUGAAGGGGGUUGAAGAUGAAAAGGAAAGGAAAUUGCUUUUGUAUCUCUCUCUCAUUAAUACAUUUGACAUGGAAUUUCAGUCCAUACCACUGAGUUCAUUUGAUUUUAUAAUGAGCGAAGAUAGUAGAGCCAAAAAGACCAUUAUGACAUUUUCUAUGAGAUAUAGAGUAAAGGCAGGCUAUGAAGGAGAUUGGGAAACGCAUCUAAGUAACGCAAUCGAAGUUCUUUUAAGUAGAAAUAUUCAAGUGAAUACUGGAAGCCAAGGCAUUCAGAUUGUCAGCAAAGUGUUUGCACGUGCACUUUUAUUAAACAUGUUGAAAGAAGAAAACGUACCCUUGCAUGAGGUAGUUUGCAAAUUUCUCGAAUGUGCAAUGCUAAAAACUAAAAGCUUUUCGAUCACGGUUUUGAAGCGCAUACUUCAAGAUAUUUUGAAAAAGAGGGAAGAAUCUGAAAAGGGUAAAAAAGAAAUGUUUUCUCCUCUUGUUACACAUAUUCUUCAGAGGGAAGGUGGGGAUCGUGCAGCAGAAGUUCUAGAAUGUGGAUUUGAGAGAACAAAAGAUGCAAUGAUAGCUCAACAAACAGCUCGUUUGUAUAUAUUUCUGAAAAACUGGACAAAAGCAGAAGAAUUUGCUGAGAAAGCCGUUACUGAGAGGCCAGAAAAUUCUUAUCUGUGGGAUACAUAUGGUCAAAUAUACUUAAAACGUCUUGCAGACAUAUAUGAAUCAUGCUUGCAGGACGAAAGGUUCCUGACAACGAAAGAAAUUCAAGACGUCGUCGAAAUAGCUGUGAAAGGAAUGAGCUAUUUUGAAAAAGAGCAAUUGGUUAGUGAGCGUGAACAAUUCGCAACAGACAAUGAUGCUGGGUAUUUUGCAGAACUGCAAACGAUUGUUAUGGUGCUGGAUUUAUUUACAUUAUGGAAUCCUGAUCGCGGAAAACUUCACAAGUUUCUUGUUUCCGAAAACACACCAAAUGAUUUCAAAAUCUUUGAACGGAAACGUUUAGUGUUUUUGAAAGGAUUGCAUCAUCGCUCAGAAAACACUUUGACUAAACUUGAUGAUAAAUAUUCUCAACUGAAAAAUAUUUACAAAGCUGAGUCAACUUUUAAUCCUUCCUUGGAAGUCAUUAGAUUACGAGAAAAUCUUGAUAUCUAUUUUGGAGAAGGAGCAGUUGAAAUGCCGACCAAUUUAUUACCGAAAGAUGUUGCAUCUUACUGCAGAAGAAGAAUAAAUCGUAUCGGUGGUAGAUCCUUGGUCAGCAUAUUGCGUUUACGAAAUGAAGAUACACCAGAUAAUAUCUUUUUGGAGAUAUACGAAAAGGCAAAGUGGAUUAUAGAUCACGGUUUUGCCAGCCUGCAUGAUUAUUUAACAUUACUCGGUGUUUCUCUUGUGAGAAGCAUUGACUCAGAUGAAGAUAUGGAUUUUGAAAGUAUGAUUCAGUGGAGCAGUAUGGCUUACAAAAUGGUCACGGAUCCAAGUUAUGAAGAUCGUCCAAAUCUAGAAGCAUUCAUGUAUUUUGUUAUUAUUCAUUGGCCAACAGAAAGCAGACGAAAAUAUCAAGGCCUGCUCUGUUCCCCUGAAGAAAUCGCCGAAGCGAUACGGAGAUGGAAAAAAGCCUUUCGAAAAAUCUACCCCCGACAAGAGGAUACAAAUCUGUAUCGUAAAAAAGAAACAACUUACUUCUUUUUAGGCAGUGGUCGGAAGGACAUCAUAUACUAUGAAGAGCUUGGUGACAAUUCACGUUAUCAGGACGUUUUUAGAACUGAAAAAGUUAGAACAAGGUUACAGAGAUUGAAAGGAAUACUUUUGAGAGAUGGAUGGGAAAUUAAAUAUGCAAUAACUAGUCUCUCGGGAAAUUCUUCUAGCAUUGGUAUCACAAAUUCCUUUCCUACCUCUUCCGUGCUAUGGAACAGGACAGUUUAUUUCUAUGUUGGAUUUAGCUGGAAUGGUCCAAAAGCUUUCUGUGUUACUAGAGAGGAGGAUCCAACAAUAUCAGCUACGACAGAAGUAUCAGAGGAAGGAAUAUCAAGGCAAUCUCAGACAAAAAAGACACAGAAUGAAUUUGAAAAAUACGAAAGCGUAUCAACUCUCAACAAGCUAUACAAAGCUCUUAGAGAUAUUGAUCGCCGUCUCGAAAAAUCGAAAAAGAAGAAAGGACGUUUCCAAAGUGACGAAAAGGAUGAAGAUACGCCUCAAGAAAAAGCCUUGAAAGAAGAGAGACAGAAAUUGAUAAGUUCUCGUUUGGAUUAUUUACAAAUGCAGAUAGAAAUGAAUUAACCACUGAUUAUUAAACCAAAACUUUCCCAUUUACGAGGGUUUUCCGUAAAGUUUGUGGACAAGCUAAGAAUUAAAUAAAUGUUUUG